AUGGCCCAGAGGAAGAAGUUGUUAGUGAGUCUGGAGGUUUGGGGCCUGCCUGACCGACCAGAAGGCAGCGGGUCAAACGGGUGGUGGGCAGGCUCACCUAUGAUAGCCCUGGUUUACCUGAGACAGGAGGAUCUGGCGAAUGCCUCCAGCGACAACAACCACAGCCGCUCCAACAACAACCACAACUGCAGCGACAACAACCACAACUGUUCCAGCAACAACCACUAUCGCAGCGACAACAACCACAGGUGUUCCAAUAACAACCACAACUGCAGCGACAACAACCACAACUGUUCCAACAACAACCACAACUGUUCCAACAACAACCACAACUGUUCCAACAACAACCACAACUGCAGCGACAACAACCACAACUGUUCCAACAACAACCACAACUGUUCCAACAACAACCAAAACUGCAGCGACAACAACCACAACUGUUCCAACAACAACCACAACUGUUCCAUUAACAACCACAACUGUUCCAACAACAACCACAACUGCAGCGACAACAACCACAACUGUUCCAACAACAACCACAACUGCAGUGACAACAACCACAGCUGCUCCGACACCCACUACAACUGCUGUUCCAACAACAACCACAACUGCAGCGACAACAACCACAGCUGCUCCAACAACAACUACAACUUUUCCAACAACAACCACAACUGUUCCAACAACAACCACCACUGCAGCGACAACAACCACAACUGUUCCAACAACAACCACAACUGUUCCAACAACAACCACAACUGCAACGACAACUACCACAACUGUUCCAACAACAACCACAACUGCAGUGACAACAAUCACAACUGUUCCAACAACAACCACAACUGCAGCGACAAUUACCACAGCUGCUUCAACAACAACCACAACUGUUCCAACAACAACCACAACUGCAGCGACAACAACCACAACUACUCCAACAACAACCACAACUGCAGCGACAACAACCACGUCUGCAGCGACAACAACCACAACUGUUCCAACAACAACCACAACUGCAGCGACAACAACCACAACUGUUCCAACAACAACCACAACUGCAGCGACAACAACCACAGCUGUUCCAACAACAACCACAACUGCAGCGACAACAACCACAGCCGCUCCAACAACAAUCACAAGUGUUCCAACAACAACUACAACUGUUCCAGCAGCAACCACUAUCGCAGCGACAACAACCACAGCUGUUCCAACAACACCCACAACUGCAGCGACAACAACCACAGCUUCUAUGUGGGCUGCUUGGACACCUCUGUGUGCCUUCGUGUACCAGUCAAAUACGCCACAGACAUAGACGGUGUUGAGGUCCCUAUGAAGCAGGAGGUGUGGGGGUAUGCCGUACCCUCUAUCCUUCAGGGGGAGGGGAAACGAACUUCUUCUUUCUACUCUAUAGGGGUGUCCAAAUUCAUAGGCUGCAUCCUCCUGAGGACCUGGCCUUUGCAGUCUACGUGGGCCGGGUCCUCCAAAGGCCGGAAGUGA